AAACGACAGUCGCUCGGCACGCGGUGUUCCGAACGCACGGGGCUUCCGAACACGCUUCUUUGCUUCCUCCCUUUGACAAGAUACGUUCUCUCCCUCGUCUGCUCCGACGAGCUAGCCAGGCGAACGAGGAGACUUGAAAUUUUGUAAAUCUUCCGCUUUUGUGAUUCACGGUUCACCGAGGCAAACGAAUAUCACUCGAAAUAAACAGCGCCAAGUGAAUUACUUACUACUCUUCGAUAACAAAACACCAUCCGGACUCGGAAGUGCGCCUUGAAAUUCGGUGACCAUUUUUAAAACUGAUGGUAAAAAACGCAUCGGGCGACGUGGGACGGUAACAACAAUUAACAACCAUUGAUCCGUACGAGGUGACGUUGUACGAUUACGUGGGUUGUGGACGUUCGACUUGAAAGGGAUUAAGAAAAUAAUUCCUUUGAAAAAUACAAGUGGGCGUCGUCGACCACGCGGUCGCUCGAAUCGAUGACAGCUGUGUUGUUUUUGACAGUUUGGUGAGCCUCCGGUCGUUGGAAGGUUUUUUUUUCGAUCCUGCAGGGAGGAAGAAGAGAACCGUUGUACGAAUCGAAUGACUUUUCAUUUGAACUGGUACGAUAAACGGCGAUUCCCAGGAUACUGUGAUCGCCAAAGUCCGAACGAUUAGCCUUUUGCGAACGUUUGAUAUCGGCCUAUUUUCCUCGCCCUCCGUAACCGCGCGUAACCGUUUCGUUAGGUUCAAUUUCACAGAACUAGUUCAACUACCGGGCUCAUACAUAUGUACAAUAAAAUUGUGUAAUUUUCAUUAUUUUACACUCGCCUACGUCCGAAUAUCGAAGAGACAAACAUAAACUGCCGCCGGUGCUUCCUCCUUUAUGUCUCUGCCACAGUUCGAAACGCACUCGACUUCAUAUUUUAAACUACAAUAUAGUAUGCGCGUAGCAAUACUCACGUGUGCGCGUGAAGAAUAAGAAAAAGAAGAAGAACGAGAACAAGGAGUUAAAAUAGCGCGGCGUUCAAACCGAGAAGCUAAAAACAAAACACGUCGCCCGCUGCAUUUCGGCCGUUCGAUCUUCCACAGUUCGUAUAAAAUGCAUCUUCCCAUUGUCGACCAAACGAGUCGUUCGAUCGGUCGAAUUUAGGCUAACUAAAUUGAAAGAAGUUACGGGGGAAAACAGUGAAAAACAAAAUAAAGAAGGAUCGACCCAACGAAUUGGAGCACCGAUGUGAUGAAUUUAUACGAAGUUGUUUGGCGAUCGAAAAAUCGGUACGGUAACGGUAAUAAUUAUUAAUAACGUGGCGAAAAAUGUAGCGUGAUUUGAAGAGUAGAGAUAAUAUGAUAUACGAGUAUAAAUCAUAAAAACAGAGGACUCUUCGAUCCAUCCGUUCUCUGCUGGUGGAACGAAAAAAAAAAAGAAAGAAAAGUAAAAGAGCAAAACAAAGAGAAAAACUCGUCUGUUGCAAUAUAUAAACCCGAUGCAACUGCGCUAGCUCCUCUUCGCGUUGGGUUUUAUGAAUCUCGGUUGCAGAGUUCGUCGGCCUAUGAAAGAGAAGAAAAUGAAAACGGUGAAUACUGCAAAUCAUCAUCGCUUUAUCAAUCUCCCAAUGGUUUUCAGACGAGUAUAACAGAACAACGGUAUGCUGCAGUGGGAAAAAAGGCGCCACAACGACUGGUUGAAUUGUGAACGUUGGUCAGUGUCUUCGAUAACCGCGAAGUCGUCGAGGUGACAGCGAAAUAACGCUACUCGUAAUAUAAAUAUAAUAAUAAAUGAGAAGAGAAUUAAAAGAAAAAAGUAUACGAUAUUGUAUAAUUGUAUACUGUGCGGUGAUUAUAUUAUUAGUACAUCGUUGAAAGUUUGUUUUUUCUUCUCUCAUUUUCGUAGAGUGUUGGUUACACUCACGGCAUUCAAACGAUGACUGUAAUAGGUAGUUGAAGUUCCUUGAAAUUUUUUGUUUCGAAGUUUUCUUCCAUUUUUUUUUUUUCUCUGUGUGGUUUUUUGGUUUUUUGUUCUUCCUUCGCUGUGCAUCGAGUGAAAAGUGAAUCGAUUAUCGCAACAGUUUUCGCGCGUUUCGUUUGACGUUCGUUAUCGGUACGAACCGGUUGGUGGUUCUAUAAUUUUAUUUUAUUUCUUUUUUGUUCAAUUGUAUAUUAAAAAAAAAAAAAAAAAAAAGUCAUCGAAAAUGUACUUUUACGCUAAAAUCGUGAUCGCGUUACAAGCGACGUUCCUCGUUACUGGAGCCCCUAAACAUUCCAGCCAUGUACCACUUUACGCCGAUGAAAAUGUGCAAAAAUUUCUGAUGACGUAUGGUUAUUUACCGCAAAGUGAUCAGGAAACUCAGAGUCUUAGAACCGAAGAUCAGCUAAUUAAUGCCGUCAAGAGUUUACAGAGUUACGGUGGAAUUCCCGUAACCGGUGAAAUUGACGAGGAAACCAAGCGACUGAUGAAAUCCCCGCGUUGCGGGUUGGCCGACAUACCAGACCCAAGAUUCGCAACAAGGUCAAGAUUUCGGAGGGGUAACAACAGACAGAAACGAUAUCUAGUUCGCGGACAGACGUGGAAACACCACAAUCUCACGUGGAGUUUGAGAACACAGGAGCCCGGCGGUCUACCAACCGGACAAGUUCGAGCUGCCUUGAGUCGUGCCUUAGAUUUGUGGGCGAGAAAUUCGAAGCUCACCUUCCAGGAGAUUAACAGCGACAGCGCGGAUAUCUUGGUUUCUUUUAAACGAGGAUAUCACGGAGACGGGUACCCCUUCGACGGUAGGGGGCAGAUCUUGGCGCACGCUUUUUUUCCGGGACGAGAUCGCGGAGGAGAUGCGCAUUUCGACGAAGAAGAAAUUUGGCUCCUCGAAGACGAGCCGUCCAACGGUGAAGGCACCAGUUUGUUCGCCGUGGCGGCCCACGAAUUCGGUCAUUCCUUGGGACUCGCGCACAGCGCGGAAAAGGGGGCGCUCAUGUAUCCUUGGUAUCAAGGUCUGAGCCCUAACUACGAACUGCCAGAGGAUGACAGGAACGGAAUUCAACAGAUGUACGGCGCGCCGCAAGGGAAACUUUGGGGGCCGUUGGACGGCGGUCGUCAUCACGAGAGGCCCGCGUAUCCCGAACGUCCUCAAAGACCUCCUCCGACUCGCCCAUGGACCACCACCACCACUACGACAACGACGACCUACAGACCUUGGAGACCGAGACCGACCCACCCGAAUCAUUACCCGGAAAAUCCGAGGGACCAUCCGGAAUAUCGUCCACGUAGACCGGACUACGGCUACACCACGGACAGACGGAGACCUACGCAACCACCGAGAAGCAGACCGAGGCCGACAACGCCUGCACCGAAAGUACCGAACACUUGCGACACCAGCUACGACGCCAUUACUAUGUUCAGGUCCGAAAUCUACGUUUUCAAAGGACGGUAUUGUUGGAGAAUUCGGGCCGACGGAGAGGUCUACGAUGGUUACCCGGCGGAAAUAACGAGAUUAUUCCCAUUGCCAGUGGACAUCGAUCACGUCGACGCAGUUUACGAAAGACUCGAUACCAAGAUGGUAUUUUUCAUCGGUAGAAAGUAUUACGUUUUCAACGGCGCUAAAAUAGAGUAUGGAUUUCCCAGACCCUUGACGGAUCUCGGUCUUCCGGAAUCACUCGAUAAGAUAGACGGGGCAAUGAUUUGGGGACAUAAUUCGAGGACCUACUUCUUCAGCGGUACGAUGUACUGGAGAUUCGAUGAGGAGGAGAAUCACGUUGAAUGGGAUUAUCCGAGGGAUAUGUCGAUGUUCGCAGGAGUCGGAUAUAACAUAGAUUCGGUCUUUCAAUAUAAAGAUCAUAAAACGUAUUUCUUCAAAGGCAAGGGAUUCUGGGAGUUUGACGAUCUUCGUAUGCGAGUGGCUCAUGAAAAACAGCGGUUAUCUGCACCUGUUUGGAUGGGCUGUCCGAAAAUACCGGAAACUGACCUAGACGAAGAGUACGGCAAUAAUCCCAAAAGAGCGAUGAUUGUUUCCGGUACAGCAGCAAGUGGUUCACCACUACCAGCCGUAAUUUACAAUCUAUUUUUAUUAACUGCAUUGCUUGUAAAAUUAUCGUAGAAUAAUUCACGAAUAUCUACGGUAGUACAUAUUAUCAGCCCAUAAAGCGAGCAUUGUAUGUACAUUUAUUAUCGCAGAUAUAUACUUACGUAUGAUUGAAAAAUACGUACAUCCUGUAUAGGGACAGUUUCGAAUUGAUUUCGAACCUUUAUACGAAGUAUAGGAAUUCUAAAACAAAAUUACUACAAAGCGACUGAAGUGAUUACUUAAAAGUCUUUUAGCAAUUUUUAUUUCGUUUUUUUUUUUUUAACUAUUUAUACAUGAAACUAGGUACGUGCUGCCGACAAAAAAAUAUGCGCACACGAAACAAUUCUUUCAAUAUGCGUAAUUAAUAUUCCAAAAAUCACUGAGUUUUUAGUUUGCAUUUUUUUUUUUCUUGUAAAGUAUUUCUCCUUCUUUGAAUUUCGAUCUGUUGUGAAGUAGAGCUGAUUACUAAAUAAUAUGAAGAUAACGUGAAACGUAUAUCGAAUUACCAACGAAAUAAAGGAAAUCAAUUUUGCUUGGGUGAAACCUGAACGUUGAAAACGUUGGAAAAAAAGCAAAAAACACUGAAUGAAAAAAAUACUGAAGAAAUAUAUAACUUUAUACUUAUCAUGUAAACUUACAUUACUUAGAGGAAUGUCUGAUAUAAACAUAACAAAAUAGCAAUACUCGUAAUCAAUUGAACAUUGUACACAAUUUAUUACCCUAAAUAUUUAUCGUACAUAGAAAUAUAAUUUGUAUCGUGAUUUUAUUUUCUGUUCUCAUAGGGACAUCUUGUGUAUUGCCUAGUUUAUUUAGUUCAUAGUUCGAUCUACCCCUGACGCACACUGUACUAUCAGACUGUAAUAGUUGCGAAUCAUUCUCAAGCUAAAUUACUACAGUUAAUUUUUACACAUUUUACAUGUUAUUUAAUUUAACACGAUUUUAAUUAAUUUAUAUAUAUUUUUAUAUCAAUUAGUGAUUGACAGUUUCGUUUGUGUGCGUCAACGAAACUAUGCGUCAUCAUCUGCGAGGUGCGAUAACUAAUGGAGAGAUAUUUGAACAUAUUUGAACAAGUGGAAUAUACAUAUUAAAACAAAGAAUAAAAAGAAACAAAAAAAAAUACAGUCAUCUCAUCUUAUAAUUAUGCAGAUAGUUUUUACAUAAUUAUACCUAGCUUUUUUAAUGUCGUUAGGUAUGUACGAUUAUGUUUUUAUACUUUUAUUUGAUUUUACCAAAGCAUUUUUCUUUUUCACAAGAUCACAGUCGGUGCAGAUGAUAAAAUAUACAUAACCCACGGUAUACAUACCUAUACCUACUUAGCAUAUGUAUACUAAAGUGAAAAUUGUAUAAAUUUAUUACUGCGGUUUUAUAAUAUAUAUUUGGUACUUUUUUCGUAAAUUAUUGAAGUGCCCAAACGUGUAAAUUGUAAUUUUAAAUAUACGCCAACGAUGGUAAAGAAAGGCACCAUUCAACGACAUUUGAGGAUCGAAAGAAAAUAUCUUUUCGUCCUGAUCAAAGCGUGAUAAAAUAAUAUCUUCGUUGGUUAUAAUAUUUUAGUCAUCGUAUACUGUGAACAAAUGAAAUGUUGAUAGCAAUGAAUUUAUUUAAAUUCAAUUAUCAUAAAUGUAGUGAUUAUUGAAUAUAUUAUAUAUUAUUAUACAUAUACAGAUACUCUAAAAACGGAUAUAAUAAAAAUAAAAUAAAUGAAUGAAUAAAGAAAAACGAGAAGAAAAAAAAUAAAUUUUAUAGUGGUAUCAGUUUUAUAACUGUGAUAUUUAUACAAACAGAAGAAAAAAGAAAUCAAAUAUUUAUGUUUUAGAUAAUUUUGAAAGAAAAACAAGAGUAAUUAUCGUGUGGGAUGGUGUGUAAAAAGAACUCAAAUACCGUUUAAUAAUUACGUUGGUAUUAAUCUGCCAUUAUUCGUAAUUGAUCGUCCAUUACACACCUUGACCGCUGAGAAUUAUUGAAACUUGAAUCAAUGAUUUUACGUUUGAACGAUUGAUCGAAAUCGAUCCACAUUUACGAGGAUAUACAUGAAUGAAUAUCUAAACAUAUUAUUCUAUCUUGUGUAAUUUUAUAAGUUGUCCGUGAUUUUUAUAUAAUAAAAUUAUCUAAUAUUUGAUAAUCUGAUAUUUUGAGACUAUUUUAACGGAAACACAUGCGGGCUUUGACGUAUAUUACAUUUAACUUCGGAUCCGAUACCGCUUUAAGGAUGCGGUUGAGUGCCUAAACUGAAUUGUUGAACUGAAACAAUUUCGCUAAAAAUUUUCUACCGUAACAAAAUGAUAGUAUAUCGAUCGUUGCUUCACUUUAAGAACAACAUUAAUACCAAAUCCACUAGUUUCCAUAUUGAUACACUGUAUUUUGAUUAAUCUGAAGAAUGUAUGUAUAUAUAGAGAAAUAAAGUAAUUUCAUGGAAAA